CUUUCUCUGAUGUCAUAGCUGACCCCGGCCCGGUCCAGAGAAGAUGAUUGGUGCCCCAGACGUGGUGGCGUUUACUAAGGAGGAUGAUUUUGGGGAGGUCGGGUACCCCGACCCCUGGGUGGUGCCAGAAGAGUUCUCCGUCCCUCUGUUCCCAUCGAACAACAACGCCAACCCCUGGGCCAAGACAUCAUAUGCCAAGUUCACUAAGGAUUUCAUCCUCAUAUCAGAGUUCUCUGAGCAGGUCCGUAGCCCGGGCAACUGGGGAGAGGUGGUGUGUGUGUGUGUGUGUGUGUGUGUUGAUCUGAAGGUGUGUAUGUCCUGACGGUGUGUGUGUGGUGUGUGUGUGUGUGUGUGUGGUGUGUGUGAUGAGCUGACCUUGUGUUGUCCUCCCCUCCAGGUGGGCCCCCAGCCUCUACUCACCAUUCCCGAUGACCCUAAGGUGUUUGGGACCUUUGACCUCAACUACUUCAGUCUGAGGAUUAUGUCUGUUGACUACCAGGCCUCGUUCGUAGGACACCCCCCCGGCAGCGGAUACCCACGACUCAGGUAGCUGUUCUAUUGGAUUCUACUCCAAUUCUAUCCUGUUCUAUUGGAUUCUACUCCAAUUCUAUCCUGUUCUAUUGGAUUCUACUCCAAUUCUAUCCUGUUCUAUUGGAUUCUACUCCAAUUCUAUCCUGUUCUAUUGGAUUCUACUCCAAUUCUAUCCUGUUCUAUUGGAUUCUACUCCAAUUCUAUCCUGUUCUAUUGGAUUCUACUCCAAUUCUAUCCUGUUCUAUUGGAUUCUACUCCAAUUCUAUCCUGUUCUAUUGGAUUCUACUCCAAUCUAUUUCCUGUUCAUUGGAUUCUACUCCCAAUUCUAUCCUGUUUAUUGGAUUCUACUCCAAUUCUAUCCUGUUCUAUUGGAUUCUACUCCAAGUCUAUCCUGUUCUAUGGAUUCUACUCCACUUCUAUCCUGUUUUCUAUUGGAUUUCUACUCCAAUUCUAUCCUGUUCUAUUGGAUUCUAUCUCCAUAUUCUAUCCGGUUCUAAUUGGGAUUCUACUCCACAAUUCUAAUCCUGUUCUAUUGGAUUCUACUCCAAUUCUAAUCCUGUUCUAUUGGAUUCUACUCCAAUUCUAUCCUGUUCUAUUGGAUUCUACUCCAAUUCUAUCCUGUUCUAUUGGAUUCUACUCCAAUUCUAUCCUGUUUUAUUUUUAUUCUACUCUAAUGAUAUCCUCUUUUACUAUUCUCUACUCUAAUUAUUUUCUGUUAUAUUCUACUCUACUAAUUCUACUCUAUUCUACUGUAAUUGUCUCCUGUUCUCUCCUCCCCCUGUAGUUUCGUGGAGGACUCUCGUGUGGUUCUGGGUGACUCUAAGGAGGGGGCGUUCGCCUACGUCCACCACCUGACGCUCUAUGACCUGGAGGCUCGCGGCUUCGUCCGCCCGUUCUGCAUGGCCUACGUCUCUGCCGACGAGAGGAAGAUCAUGGGCCAGUUCCAGGAGAUGUCGCUCCGCUUCUCCCGCGCCUCCGAGAGCCUGAUACGGGAAACCCGCCGGGCCUUCUCCCUCGAGCUGCAGAGGAAGCACGAUACCCUGGGUAAGACGGCGCACACCCUCUGACACAACACACACACACACAGACACACCACACAAACAACACAACACACCACUUUACACACACACCACACACACACACCUCUGACACACCCACACACACCACCCCACAAACUCUGACACACACACACACACACACACACACUCUGAACCACAGACGCACACCCACCAUCCCCACCCCCCACAGCCCUCCCCCCACUCUUUACACACCCACCGUACCCCCCCCCCUCCCCACACCCCUCUUCCGCCCCAACCCCCCCCCCCCCCCCCCCUCUUCCCCCCCCCCCUCCCCCCUCCCCACCCCUCCCCCCCCCGCUCCACCCCCUCUUCCCCCCCCCCCCGUCCCCCCCCCCUCCCCUCCCCCCCUCUUCCCCCGCCCCCCCGCCCCUCUCUUCCCCCCCCCCCCGAACCCCCCCUCUUCCCCCCCCCUCCCCCCCCUCUCCCCCCCCCCGCCCCCCCGUCCCCGCCCCCCUCUUCGCCCGCACCAUCCCCCACCCUCUUCCGCCCCCCCCCCCCCCCUCUCGCCCCACACCUCCUCUCCCCCCGCCCCUCCCCCUCUCUUCUCCCCCCCCCCCCCCCACGCCCUCCCCGCAGCCCUCAUUUUCGCCCCCCAGGUCCGCCCCCCGCACUCCCCCCCCCAAAUCCCCCGCCGCCCUCCCCCCACCUCUUCCCCCCCCCCCGAAGGCGACCCCCCCCCCCGCCGCCCCCCCCGUACCCCCAAAGGGUACCCUCUUCCGCCCCCCCCCCCCCGCCCCUCUUUCCCCCCCGGCGGGCCACCCGCGCCCCCUCUUCCAAGCCCGCCCCCUAACCAACUCCACACAUCUUCGGCCCCCCCCCCGCGCGUCCCGCCCCCACCCGCCCACGAUCCCCUCCCCCCCACUGCUUCCAUCCCCCCCCCCCCGACCGCCCUUCUUCCCCGCCCCGUCCCCCUUAAAGAAGAGCCCGCCCUCGUUCCAACCCAGCCCCUGAGGGCCCCUCGCCCGCCCCACCCCCCCCCCCCUGCCCCCCCCUCUACCCCCCCCCACCCCCCGCUUGGGCAGUACUCUUCCCUCCCCCCUAGCCCACCCCCCCCCCCUCUUCCCCCAUCCCGCGGACCGACCGAACACUCUCAACCCCCCCACCAGAAACAGACACCCCCCCCCUCAGCCCCCUCCUUCCCUCUACUACUUGCUACUAUCUGUUGUAACUCCUCCCCUGUUGUGGCCUCUCCUGCCAGGUACACGCGGUCCAUUCUGCAGAAAGAGGAGGGGUUACAGCGGGAGGCGGGGCCUCAGGGGUGUUACUCCGCCCACGCGGUGGAGAAGGCCAAUGAGCUUGCGGCGGUGGAGAAGAGUAUCUACGAGCACCGGGACCUGCUGAGGCAGAUCACCUCGUACCCCCUCCGCCCCCGCCGAGACCCCCACGCCGCACACUGUCAACACUGCGUCACAGAGUCACAGAGACACACCGACACACACCCCGGCCCUGACCGUGAGAGGGGGGAGGAGGAGGCGGGGGGAGGAGAGGGGGGGACGAGGAGACAGUCCUACACCCCUCAGCUGAUAAAGGGGAAGUCGGCCAAAUGUUUCGACAAGCGUCUGAAGACCCUGACGGAGCUGUGUGAGGAGAGCUCCUACGAGGUCACCGUGGAACUACUCGCCGACACGGAGAGGUGUUUCCGGGGGGACCUGUGUUACCUGUACACCCGCCGCCUGGACCGAUCGCUCCGCAGGAAGCAGGACAUCACCAACUUCCUGUUUGAGGAGGAGCUAGGGGAGGAGGAGGAGGAGGUAGCGGCGCUGGGAAGGAUCUUCUGUUCUCUCGACCACACAAUGGGGACGGACCCGCACACACACUCACACACACACACACACACCCCUUCCAUCGUGCUGCGCCCGGAGCCCCUGGAGCCUGUGGAGGUCCUGGAGGUGUACCCCACCUUCCCUGCUAAGUCUGCCCAGCAGAGUGAAACCCUGGCUGGGGAGGAGAGGCUGGAGUCGUCACUCUCUGAUCUGACCAUGGAGACACAGGAAAGCUCUGAGGAGAAUAAAGACAGCUUUAGUAGUGACAGGAGUGGAGGAGAGGAGGAGGAGGAGGGACGGGAGGGAGGACAGGAGGAGGAGGAGGAGGGAAACCAGACCCCUGUUUUUCUGCUGGAGGCUGAGGAGGGGGGUAAGGGUGAGACAGAAGGCGUGUUUAACGGAGAGAGAGAGGGUGAGACAGAAGGCGUGUUUAACGGAGAGAGAGAGACAGAAGGCGUGUUUAACGGAGAGGGAGAGGGAGAGACAGAAGGAGUGUUUAACGGAGAGGGAGAGACAGAGGAGUGUGAUAGACAGAGACUUCCUGACCCUGAGUUGCUGGUCCAGAUGGACACGGCCUGCUGCAUGUCUCAGGAGGGCUUCCUGUACGACUCCUCUCCCCAAGACACGCUGCCUGCUUCUGGGCUGCAGCAGCCCGGCUCUCUACCCUUUCCCCUGGUGGUCAACCAGGAGCCCCAGGCCCUGCUGCCGGUGCAGGGGGCCUACGGCCUGGGUUCCCCCCACUGCCAGAGCCCUGGGGCUGGGCUGGACCUGCCCGUCUCCUCCCUGGGAGAUACCACCUCCAGGGCGUCGGACCAGGACGGGUCGGACUGUACCAUGUCAGCCUCUACGGGGUCCGAACGGGCCGGCUCACGUCUGGGGUACGGGGGAGUGGCGACGCAGAGGAAGAAGGCCGGGCAGGGAGCGCUCAAGUGAGUCACUCAUUGAUUUCAUUAAUCAAUUCUAUAGCUAGAGGUCUCCUGAUAUCUCCAGGAGUAAUACAUAUCUUUUUCUGUCUUUAUCUGUUGUCGUCUAGUCCUGUCUUGUUGCUAGAUAAGGGCCAUCUAAGUGCUGUCUGUCUGCCCAGUAGCCCACUUGGUGUGUGAACUGCUGACUGCUCAUAACUUGCAGAUGAUUGUUGACACGUCAACCGGGAUUAAAGGGAAGGGCAAUUUGUGACUUGUUGUUUUUGUAAUCAGUGGCUGUAUUGGAGGGGGCAGUGGCUUCUCCUCUUCCUAGGUAAUCAGCUAUUAGUACCGGGAGGUCUCGUCGGGAAAAACUUUAAGACCGUCACCGAAACAGUUCUUCUGCGGAGUUGUUGGAGGAAAGAAAGAGAGGGUGGCUCCUCACCACUUAUUUACAGAUGAUCUCAUUUGGCUCUUUUUGUAGCGUUGUCAACUACGUGUGUGUGUUUUCUCUACCUGUUGGCUCCUCUCCCUGUAGGCGUCCAGACGCUCCCCCGCCCCCUUGGCUGUUUUCUCUCCCUGUAGGCGUCCAGACGCUCCCCCGCCCCCUUGGCUGUUUUCUCUCCCUGUAGGCGUCCAGACGCUCCCCCGCCCCCUUGGCUGUUUUCUCUCCCUGUUGGCUCCUCUCCCUGUAGGCGUCCAGACGCUCCCCCGCCCCCUUGGCUGUUUUCUCUCCCUGUUGGCUCCUGUCCCUGUAGGCGUCCAGACGCUCCCCCAACCCCUUGGCUGCAGCCCUUCUAAUGUAGUAGACCCUGAGCACGCCACCCCAUGUGGAAUUCCUGGUCUCCGGCAGCGUUGGGAACUGCCGAUCUGCGGUCAAGAACGCAGAGUUCAUCUCAGCCUGUGCAGCCAUUCAGUCCCUUGACCUUUUGACCCUGACGGAGACACGGAUCACCCCCAGAGAACACUGCUACUCCGGCUGCUCUCUCUUCAUCGGACUAUGUUUUCUCUCAUAGUCCGAGAGCAUCUGGUCGUCGCGGUGAUGGCACAGGGCUACUCAUUUCUCAGAAGUGGAGAUGUUCUAUUUUCUCUCUCACCUGUCCAUCUCCUCAUUUGGAUUCCAUGCCGUCGCUGUCACUUGUCCACUCAAGCGUAACAUUGUUGUGAUCUAUUGCCCGCCAGGUGCCUUUGGAAAGUUCAUCAAUGUGCUUGACACCUUGAUAAGAUCAUUUCCUGACGAUGGCUCACCGCUCUUCGUACUGGGCGACUUCAACCUCCCGACGUCUGCUUUCGAUUCAUUUCUUUCCAACUCUCUUACCUCUCCUUGCCUCUUUUGACCUCAUCUUUGCUCUCUCUCUCGCCCACUACUCUGACCUCUUCCAUCCUAUCAUCUCUCCCUUCGACUAAAUCCUUCUCCCUCCCGUCUCCUGACUCUGCCUCUUCGACCCUACUCACCUCCCUUUCCGCAUCCCAUGAUUCACUCUGUCCCCUUUCCUCCGGGCCGGGUCGGCCCUCCCCUCCUGCUCCGUGGCUGAGUGACUCAUUGCAAGCUUACAGAACAGGGCUGCGGGCAGCUGAGUGACUCAUUGUGAGCUUACAGAACAGGGCUGAGUGACUCAUUGUGAGCUUCCAGAACAAGGCUGAGUGACUCAUUGUGAGCUUCCAGAACAGGCUGCGGGCAGCUGAGCAAAAAUGGAGGAAAACUAAACUUCCAGAUGACCGUCAUUCCUUUCACUACUCCCUCCUAAAUCCAACUUCUCUUCUCUGUAUCUGCGCUUAAAGCCAUCUUUCACUCCCUCCUCUCCAACUUCUCCUCCUCUGUAUGCUGCUGCUAAAGAAAGCCGAUCUUUCACUCCCUCCUCUCUACCUUUCUUUUCCUCUGUAUCUCUGCUGCUUAAAGCCAAUCCUUUCACUACUCCUCCCUCCUCUCUCUAUCUACCUCUCUUCCACCCGUCUCUCCUCUGUAUCUUGCUGCUAAAGCCAUCCUUUCACUCCCCCGUCUCUCCCUUCCUUCCGCUCUGUAUCUGGCUGUCUAAACCAUCCCUUUCACUCCCCUCCUCCUCUAACUUCUCUUUCUCUUUAUCUGCUUGCUAAAUCCAUCCUUCCACUCCCUCCUCCUCUACCUUCUCUUCCUCUGUAUCUGCUGCUAAAGCCAUCCUUCCACUCCCUCCUCUCUACCUUCUCUUCCUCUGUAUCUGCUGCUAAAGCCAUCCUUUCCCUCCCUCCUCUCUACCUUCUCUUCCUCUGUAUCUGCUGCUAAAGCCAUCCUUUCACUCCCUCCUCUCCAACUUCUCUUCCUCUGUAUCUGCUGCUAAAGCCAUCCGUUCCCUCCCUCCUCUCUACCUCCUCUUCCUCUGUAUCUGCUGCUAAAGUCACUUUCUAUCACUCAAAAUUUUAAGCUUCUGCCUCUAACCUUAGGAAACUCUUUUUCACCUUCUCCUCCCUCCUUAAUCCUCCGCCCCUCCCCCUCCCUCCUCCCUCUCUGCGGAUGAAAAGAAGGUUGAUGACAUCCGCUCCUCAUUCACUCAGCCUAUUGAGUCCACUGGUCCCACUCACUAGUGAGGUCCUGCCGCCCGACAACCUGCCCACUCGACCCCACCCUCCUCCCUCCUCCAGACCAUCUCUGGAGACCUUCUACCAUUCCUCACUUCCCCCAUCAACUCAUCCAGACCAUCUCUGGAGACCUUCUACCAUUCCUCACUUCCCCCAUCACCUCCUUCAGACCAUCUCUGGAGACCUUCUCCCAUUCCUCACUUCCCCAUCACCUCCUCCAGACCCAUCUCUGGAGACCUUCUACCCAUUCCUCACUUCCCCCAUCACCCUCCUUCAGACCAUCUCUGGAGACCUUCUACCAUUCCUCACUUCCCCCAUCAACUCAUCCCUGACCAUCUCUGGAGACCUUCUACCAUUCCUCACUUCCCCCAUCACCUCCUUCAGACCAUCUCUGGAGACCUUCUACCAUUCCUCACUUCCCCCAUCAACUCAUCCAGACCAUCUCUGGAGACCUUCUACCAUUCCUCACUUCCCCCAUCACCUCCUUCAGACCAUCUCUGGAGACCUUCUACCAUUCCUCACUUCCCCCAUCAACUCAUCCAGACCAUCUCUGGAGACCUUCUCCCAUUCCUCACUUCCCCCAUCAACCUCCUCCAGACCAUCUCUGGAGACCUUCUCCCAUUCCUCACUUCCCCCAUCAACUCCUCCAGACCAUCUCUGGAGACCUUCUCCCAUUCCUCACUUCCCCCAUCAACUCAUCCAGACCAUCUCUGGAGACCUUCUCCCAUUCCUCACUUCCCCCAUCAACUCAUCCAGACCAUCUCUGGAGAACCUUCCUCCAUUCCUCACUUCCCCCAUCCCUUCCUCCAGACCAUCUCCUCCCCCCCCCCUGGAGACCUUCUCCCAUUCCUCACUUCCCCAUCAACUCAUCCAACCAUCCUGGCGACUUCUCCCAUUCCUCACUUCCCCCAUCCACUCAUCCCUGACCACUGGCUGCGUCCCCUUUGACUUCAAAAUGGAGCGAGUCGCUCCCCUCCUUAAGAGACCAACGCUCGACUCAUCUUGACGUCAAAAACUACAGACCGGUAUCCCUUCUUCACUUGAGCAUUCUGUCUCUGAUCAACUCUCUCGUUAUCUCUCUCAGAACGAUCUUCUUGACCCAAACCAGUCAGGCUUCAAUAUGUGUCACUCAACCGAGACUGCUCUUCUCUGUGUCACGGAGGCUCUCCGCUCUGCCAAAGCUAACUCUCUCUCCUCUGCUCUUGUCCUUCUAGACCUGUCUGCUGCCUUUGACACUGUGAACCAUCAGAUCCUCCUCUCCACCCUCUCAGGGCUGAGCGUCUCAGGCUCUGCACACUCUUGGAUAGCAUCCUACCUGGCAGGCCGCUCCUACCAGGUGACGUGGAGAGCAUCUGUGUCCCGUACUCUCACUACUGGUGUCCCCCAGGGCUCGGUUCUAGGCCCUCUCCUCUUCCCUCUAUACCCCAAGUCACUCGGCUCCGUCAUAUCCUCACAUGGUCUCUCCUAUCAUUGCUAUGCGGAUGACAUCCAACUACUUUUCUCCUUCCCCCCUUCUGACAUCCAGGUGGUGACAGCAUCUCUGCGUGCCUGGCAGAUAUCUCAACUUGGAUGUCGGACCACCACCUCAAGCUCAACCUCGACAAGACGGAGCUGCUCUUCCUCCCCGGGGAAGACCUGCCCGCUCAAAGACCUUCAUCACGGUUGACAACUCCACAGUGUCCCCCUCCCAGAGUGCAAAUGACCUUGGCGUGACCCUGGACAACAUCCUUUUCUGCAAACGUCAAAGCAGUGACUCGCUCGUGCAGGUUCAUGCUCUACAACACAUGUCAAACUCAUUCCACGGAGGGCCAAAUGUCUGCAGGUAUUCACUAUAGGCCGGGUAGACAUGCCUCCACUGGGGCUGUGAAAUGGCACCCGGCCCAUUCACUAUAAAACUCUGGGGCUGUGAAAUGGCACCCGGCCCAUUCCCUAUGAAACUCUGGGGCUGUGAAAUGGCACCGGCCCAUCCCUAUGAAACUCUGGGGCUGGAAAUGGCACCCGGCCCAUUCCCUAUGAAACUCUGGGGCUGUGAAAUGGCACCCGGCCCAUUCCCUAUGAAACUCUGGGGCUGUGAAAUGGCACCCGGCCCAUUCCCUAUGAAACUCUGGGGCUGUGAAAUGGCACCCGGCCCAUUCCCUAUGAAACUCUGGGGCUGUGAACAUGGCACCCGCCCAUUCCCUAUGAACUCCUGGGGCUGUGAAAUGGCACCCCGGGCCCCAUUCCCUAUGAAACUCUGGGGCUGUGAAAUGGCACCCGGCCCAUUCCCUAUGAAACUCUGGGGCUGUGAAAUGGCACCCGGCCCAUUCACUAUGAAACUCUGGGGCUGUGAAAUGGCACCCGGCCCAUUCCCUAUGAAACUCUGGGGCUGUGAAAUGGCACCCGGCCUAUUCCCUAUGAAACUCUAGACAGAAGUAGUAAUAGUUUCUCUAUCUCUCGGUCUCCCUCCCAGGUUUGUGCGUCAGCAAGACUUUAUUUAUUUCUGUUGUGUUUCAUUCCACCUCCAGGUUUGUGCGUCAGUAUCCGUUUGCCCAGCAUGCCCUGUGGUCCCUGCUGAGUGGUCGGACCCUGGUCGUCCUGGGGUCUGAGGAGGGCAGGGUCAGGAGGCUGGUGUCCGCUCUAGCCCUCUACGUGCCUGGACCCGGGCGCUGUGGCGAGAGGAUCCAGCCCUGGCUCUCCUGCCCCUUCAGCCUCACUGACCUACAGCGAUGGAAACUCGUAGGACUGCAG